AUGCGCGAGGAUCGCGCACGAAAGCGCAAGAACAGUGACUGCGACCCAGCGUCGAUGUCCCUAUCCGUCGUGGCACCUCCACCGUUUGCAUUGUCACAGCCGACGAGUAUGUCCAUUGCUGGUGCGAAACCGUCAGCUUUGGCAGCCAAGCUGACCAAUAAAUUCAUUCCUGUGCAACAAAAAACGACAAAAACGAAGCCGGCUGGUGAAGGGGAGUAUCAGCUAAUUAAAAAUGAAGUGCUAGUCUCACCCUACGGCAACCAGUAUGAAGUUGUGAAAGCGUGGAAAAAAGGAACCAGCGAGAUUGUGGCAAUCAAGAUUCUUAAAAAACAUCCCAGUUACGCAAGGCAGGGACAGAUCGAGGUUUCGAUACUCUCGCGUCUGAGCAACGAAAACGCAGAGGAGUUCAAUUUUGUGCGAGCCUUCGAAUGCUUCCAGCACAAACAUCAUACCUGUCUUGUUUUCGAAAUGCUCGAGCAGAACCUCUAUGACUUUCUCAAGCAGAACAAAUUCACUCCUCUCCCCCUUAAUAGUAUUCGUCCAAUUGUACAGCAGGUUCUUACAGCCUUGCUCAAGCUGAAGUCGCUUGGCUUGAUUCAUGCUGAUCUCAAGCCUGAAAAUAUUAUGCUGGUCGAUCCCACUAACCAGCCUUUCCGAGUAAAGGUGAUCGACUUUGGAUCAGCUAGUCACCGGAGUAAGGCUGUCACUAACACUUAUCUUCAGAGUAGGUAUUACAGAGCACCAGAGAUCAUCCUUGGUCUUCCUUUCCGGGAAGCUAUAGAUAUGUGGUCACUGGGAUGUGUUAUAGCGGAACUUUUUCUUGGAUGGCCCCUAUAUCCUGGGAGCAGUGAAUAUGACCAGAUC